CCGAGGGUCGCGCCAGACUGCGACGGAUGAUGGGAGGGCGAGUGUUUCCUUUUUGAUUCGUCCGUUUGGGCCGCGGAACGAGAUGCUCUCAACGCCCAGACUGAUGCGGUGAUGCACAGAUUUAGGACCCUAGGGAGCCUUUUCCCCGUCUUCCGUCACCCGCUCAGGCACGCCGAGGGCAGUUCUUGUGGGGUCCUCGUGGCAAACCAAGAUGGCUGCCCCCUUGGUGAAGGCAGUGCGAGGGCUGUCGGACCUCGCGCUGGGCGUGCGGAGCGCUGUCCUGCGGUGUCCAGGGCUAACCCAGGUGAGGUGGAGCCGCUAUGGCCCUGAGUACAAGGAUCCCCAGAUUGACAAGGAAUAUUACCGCAAGCCCUUGGAAGAGCUGACUGAGGAGGAGAAGUUUGAGCAGGAGCUCAGGAAGACUCAGCGUAUCAAAGCUGCCCCAGCAACGAAAACAAGCUCUGUGUUUGAAGACCCAUUGAUCAGUAAAUUCACCAACAUGAUGAUGAAAGGAGGAAACAAAGUACUGGCCAGAUCCCUCAUGACACAGACUCUGGAAGCUGUGAAAAGGAAGCAGUUUGAAAAAUACCAUGCUGCUUCUUCAGAGGAACAGGCCACCAUUGAACGCAACCCCUACAUCAUCUUCCACCAAGCACUGAAAAACUGUGAGCCUGUUAUUGGGCUGGUACCCAUCCUCAAGGGUGGCCAUUUCUACCAGGUUCCCGUACCACUAGCUGACCGGCGGCGGCGUUUCCUGGCCAUGAAGUGGAUGAUCAGUGAGUGCAGGGAGAAGAAGCACCGGCGAAUGCUGAUGCCAGAGAAGCUGUCACAGGAACUGCUGCAGGCUUUUCAUAACCAGGGCCCUGUGGUCAAGAGGAAGCACGACAUGCACAAGAUGGCUGAGGCCAACCGUGCCCUGGCCCAUUACCGCUGGUGGUAGGGGAGGGUAGACACUCCAGGAGCCCAGGGCUCUCUGCUGCAAGAAACAAUGUGAACCGCUGCUACAUUGAAAAAUAUCUGUGGCUUAAGGAUGUAGUUCCUUUUUAAGGGCGGACAGUCCUCACAGGAAGGAUGGAGCAGCAUGUUUAUGCUUUAGUCUUUCGUUUGUGGGCUAGAACUUGCUCUCCCUGCCCCAUCUCCUUGCAAAGACGCAAUACGUGGACUUGAUUUCCCCCAAGUAGUAGGGCCCAUCCAGCCCUUUCUUCCCUCUGCUUGGGGUGGACCUUUGGGUGAUGAAAGGAGGCGUUUUAGUGUCAGAAAGGUUUAUUAGAAAAUUCUCACCCUAAACUGUGUAGCACGUGCUGCAGGACUGCCACUCUAUUAAAACCAAUUGGAAGAAAUA